AACACAUUUAUUAUGAAAAAUCACUGACUUCUAUCAAUCAAUUGAUUUACUGAGCUCACUCAAGUUUGGAUAUUUUUGGCAAUGAAGUGGCGUUGAGACAGCAAAGCAACGUGAACAGAACAAACAGAAGAGAACAGAACAUGCUUCUCUUCACUUCAAAAUUUAAUGCUCUUUAUCUCUCUCUCUCAGUCACACUUGCACUCUUCUCUAGUCAUUUCUUUUUCUUUACCGCCAUUAUUAUAUGCUCUGCUAUCCCACUUUCUCUCUCGAAGUUCAAACCUCUUGAACCUUUUCAUGUUUGAACCAAUGGAGCUAGGAAUCAAACCCUUGCUCUGCCUCCCAUUUCUUCUCUUCCACCAACUUCAGCACCUCAAAAAAUCUAUGUUUUCUCUUCUUUUCCACCUUCCAACAUCUUUCUUUGCUCUUCUCCUUCUCUUCCUUUUAGCUUACAAUGCUUUCACUGUCUUCUCCAUUCAUGUCCCCAAAACACACACCAAAACCAAAUGGUCUUCUUCUUCUUCUUCUUCUUCUUCUUCUUCUUCUUCAAACCUCUCUUCUUCUGUGUUUUUUGCUCCAAAAGAAGAAGAAACUUUACCCCUCAUGAAGAAACCCCUUCUGCAAAUCUCCACUGAGAAAUUCCAAAUUCUCCCCACUCGCAGGGUGAGAAGAGUGAAGAAGCACAAGCGUGGCCUUAGAAGCUUGCGGUCUGAGAAUCCUCCACUCCCACUUCCCCUGUUUCAGAACAGAGUAAAAGCAUUCUUCUCUGGAAAUUCCUCUGCUUCUUGUAAGCUCAGGUUCUUUAUGACUUGGAUUUCUCCCUUGAAAGCAUUUGGUGAAAGAGAGAUGCUAUCUGUUGAGAGCUUGUUCAAGUCUCACCCACAAGCUUGUUUGGUUAUAGUCUCCAAUUCCAUGGACUCUGACUCAGGAACUCAGAUUCUGAGGCCUUUUGUGAGAAAUGGGUUCAGAGUCAUUGCAAUUUCCCCUGAUUUCAAUUAUCUAUUCAAGGAUACUCAUGCUGAGACAUGGUUCAAUCGGUUGAGAGAAGGGUUUGUGAAUCCAGGUGAAGUUUCUUUGGGCCAAAACCUCUCCAAUUUGCUUAGGCUUGCACUUUUAUACAAGUUUGGAGGCAUAUACAUGGACUUAGAUGUCCUGGUUUUGAAGAGCUUCUCUGAGCUAAGAAACACCAUUGGAGCACAGGCUUCUGAUGCUAGAACUGGGAAAUGGAGCCGUUUGAACAAUGGAGUGUUGAUAUUUGAUAAGAAACACCCUUUGCUUUUCAAGUUCAUUGAAGAAUUUGCACUUACUUUUGAUGGGAACAAGUGGGGCCACAAUGGUCCUUACUUGAUUUCUAGAGUGGUUUCAAGGGUGAGUGGAAGACCAGGGUUCAAUUUCACUGUGCUUCCACCAUCUGCAUUUUAUCCUGUGGACUGGAGAGGCAUUAGGAGUCUGUUUCUUGGCCCUAAAGAUGAGGUCCAUUCGAAGUGGUUGGCAAAGAAAAUGGUGCAAAUUCAAAGAGAAAGCUUUGCAGUGCACUUGUGGAACAGGCAGAGUAGGAACCUGGAGGUGGUGAAGGGAAGCAUUGUUGAUAGUAUCAUUUCAAGUUGUUGCAUCUUCUGCAACACUUUGCUUUGAAAUGUGUAAUUUAUAGUUUGUAAUUAGCUUGUUAGAAUAGAAGUUCAAGUCUUAAAUGUAAAGAGUUGUUAGCAAUGAUAGUGUUACAACUUGUCAAGGGAUAAGAGGAUAUGUUGGCUAAAAUUGGAGUAGUUUAUUAGGAAAUAAAGGUUUGGAACCUUCCUUAAUCAUUUUGUUGUAUCUCCAUAAAAGGAUAUGAAAGGAUUGAAUUUU